AUGGCGACGCCGCACGACGAAGUGCUCGCGGCGCAAGAGGCGCAUUUACGCGGCCUGGACGACGCGGAUGAGCGCACGAUCUUCGAUAAGAUUGUCGCGAAAGAGAUCCCGGCGACGAUAUUGUACGAAGACGCGCUGGCGAUGGCGUUUCGAGACGUGAACCCGCAGGCGAAGACGCACUUUUUGGUCAUUCCGAAGAUUCGCGCCGGGUUGACGCGCCUGAGCAAGGCUACGGAGGAACACAAGACGCUCUUAGGGCACUUGAUGUACACCGCGAGCGUGGUGGCGAAGCAAGAAAACCUCGAUGCGGGAUACCGGUGCGUGAUAAACGAUGGCGUGGAGGGAUGUCAAAGCGUGUAUCACUUGCACGUCCACGUCAUCGGAGGGCAACAACUUUCGUGGCCUCCUGGCGUGUAG